UCUCUGUCCCUCGGAGGUCGGAACGCGGCUUUGCGACGAUGGCACUAGAAGGGGAAGUGCAGAUAAUCUCCUCUACACUUCUUACGGAGGAGAGAGAAGGUGAAAUAGAUAGAGGAACGAAGCGUCGCCGGGAGGAUGAACCGAAUGCUGGUCUCGGCGGAGCUCCUCCAGAUUCGACGGCGGAUCACCAGUCACCGAAGCGUGUGGCGAAACCUCAGGAUGUGUUGUUCAGGAUAGUCCUCCCCUCGAGGCAGAUAGGGAAAAUUAUUGGUAAAGGUGGUUGUCGAAUCCAAAAGAUCAGAGAAGAGACUCGAGCCAUGAUUAAGAUUGCAGAUGCUAUUGCGCCAUAUGAAGAGCGUGUAAUUAUUAUCAGUUCUGUGGACAAUGAUAGCAAGGUUUCUGAUGCAGAAAAUGCACUUCUUCUUAUAGGCACGAUUCUUCUCAUGGAUGAUGAUGCCAAUGUUGUUGCAUCAGUUGGUGUUGGACAGGUGACUGUCAAAAUGAUUCGGUUGCUGAUUUCAGGAUCACAAGCAGGAUCUUUGAUUGGGAUGUCUGGCCAGAAUAUCGAGAAAUUAAGAGUUUUAUCAGGUGCCAAUAUCAUGAUAUUGGCUCAAAAUCAGUUUCCUUUGUGUGCUUCUGCUCAUGAAUCCGAUCGCAUGGUGCAGAUAUCAGGUGAUGGUCCAGGAGUACUGAAAGCCUUGGAGGAUAUUGGUACUCUAUUGAGGGAAAAUCCACCAAGAAAAGUAGUUUCCGUCAAACCAGCGUACAAUUUUAACCCAAAUCAACCUUAUAUGGCCCCAACUUCAGGACUCCCAUUUGCAGCUGAUUAUGUAACACUGGAUAUGAUGGUUCCGGAGACAAUGGUUGGUGGUUUCAUCGGCAAGUGUGGCUGCAACAUUUCAAAGAUCAGAACUGAGUCUGGAGCGACAGUCAAGGUUGCUGGUGCUAGGGGUGAACAAACUCAGAGGUUAAUCCAUCUUGCUGGCAGCGCACAACAGGUAGCAUGGGCGAAGAAGUUGGUCGAUGAAUACAUCUACUCACAAGCAAUAUUACAGCAGAGACGUCAAUAACGCAUUUAUUUUGUCCCGAUUUGCUGCUCACUAAUUACUUUCAUGUUUUUGUGUUGUAGCUUAUAAGUUGUAACCGGAUCACACUACACCAAAAACAUU